GAAAAAGCGUCGGUGUAUAGGGUUCGAUUCCCUACUUCUUCCGUGUCUACGGGUGCGUGUGCGUGUGAGUGCCUACGCCUGUGCCCGUGUGUGGUGCGCGCGCCGUCCGGAGGCCUCUGGCCCAGGCCGCCCCCAGCCUCCAGCAGUGUUUCCUGCCUCGGUGCUCCCAGGGCCAUGGUGGCGCUGCCGGCAGCUGGAGAUGCAGGCGCCUCCAAGAUCGUGGACAUGAGGUCCGACACCGUGACGCACCCCACACCCGAGAUGAGAGCGGCCAUGGCCGCGGCCGAAGUGGGCGACGACGUUUUCGGCGAGGACCCAACGGUGAAGAAGCUGGAGGCUUUGGGUGCGUCGAUGUUUGGUAAGCAGGCCGCCCUGUACGUUCCGACCGGGACCAUGGCGAACUUGUGCUGUCUCCUGGUGCACUGCGACUCCAGGAUGUCGGAGGUGAUCGUGGGCAGCCAGAACCACAUCUACCUCUGGGAAGUCGGUGGCUCUGCCGCACUGGGUGGCAUCCAUCCUCGAGCCAUCCCAACGCUGCCGGACGGGACCAUGUCCCUCGAUGAGAUCGAGGGGGCGAUCCGGAUGGUGAACGACCACUUCCCAACGACGCGGCUGGUCGCGUUGGAGCAGACGCAGAAUCAGUGUGGGGGCCAGGUCCUGCCACUCGACUACAUCGACUCCGUGGCGGCGCUCUGCAGGAGGCGAGGCCUGUCGCUGCACGUGGACGGCGCACGGAUCUUCAACGCCUGCGCCGCGCUCGACGUGGACCCAGCGCGGAUGGUGCGCGACGUGGACAGCGUCUCCGUGUGCUUGUCCAAGGGGCUUGCGUCGCCGGCUGGAUCGUUGGUCAUCGGCGGGGCCGAGUUCGUCGCGAAGGCGCGCCGCAUGCGCAAGGCGCUCGGGGGCGGCAUGCGCCAGUCUGGCGUCCUCGCGGCCUGCGGCCUGCUGUCCCUGGAGAAGAUGUCGCAGCCGUCCAGGCUGAAGGAGGACCACAGGAGGGCCCGCGAGGUAGCGAGCGGCCUGGCUUCGGUCGAAGGCCUCGAGGUCGCAGCGCCAGCCUCCAACAUGGUCCUCGUGAAGGUGGUGGCAGAGGGCAUCGCGGCCAGCGACCUGGUCGCAGACCUGAAGGCGAGGGGGACCUGCGUGAUUGCACUCCCGGGGACGGGGAAGAUCCGAGUCACCCUCCACUGCCAGGUCGACGACGACGACGUCAAGAAGGCGGUUGCCGACUUCAAGGCCGCCAUGCUGAGCCUCCGCGUUGGCAGCGGGCAGGGGUCGUCCAAGCGCCAGAAGGUGGAGUGACCCGUUCGCCCGCCGCGUGCAGAGCAAGGGGGAUUACGGGGAGGCUUGAAAAAAUUGGGCUGGAGCCGUCCAAUCAGAUGUUUGCUGUCCAGCCCGGGGUAGUUUCCUUCACGUUCUUCCAGCCGUGGCCACUAUGUCUUCGCCGUUUCCAGCAUGCGUCAGCCUUGACCAUUUUUUGCAGCCCCGGCCACACCCCCUCCUGUAGGUACUCCAACUACAAAGGUGGUGCGCCUAGGGUCUAGUAGCGUCUGGUAGUCAGUGUUGUCCCGGCAGUCGGGCCAAUUCCUAUAUCGA